AUGCGUUUCACGGAUGAACCACCUGGGCCACGAGACUUCGCGUGCUCCUACAUGCACACUCUCAACGUCUUCUCAAUCAAGCUUGCUGAACUACAUCGGGAUUUAGCAUGGCCAUUGCAUGUGUUCGGCAUCGUCGCCGCACGCGACACUCUGGAUCACAAUCGUAAUAUCAUCUUCCAUCGCACCAAGGAUAACUGGCAAAUCAUCCACCAGGAGGAUCCCUACCUAGAAUUGACAGGUCCUAUCCGUGGUAUCGUGGUGAUUGAUCCUGUGAAAUUUGAGGUUGUGUUGAAAGUGAAGGGCUCCACUGAAUCUGAGGACAAAGAUUUAAGCUUUCUGGUUGUGCGGCCAGCGGUCUACACGUCCAUCGCCGCCAUCAGCCAGCGGCCGGCAACACAGUCAGCCUCCAAAAUAAAUAGUUGUCCUCGCCGGCAACGCAGCCAGCGGCUGGCAACACAGCCGGCCAUCAAAAUGAAUGUUUUCUCGCCGGCACACAGCCAACGACCCAGCGGGCGGGCGGCACCCAUGCCAGCCUCCAAAAAGAACGGCCAUGGCUGA